AUGUCCCUCUCCGCCGUGGCCCGACUUGCAUUCGCAACUCUGCUUGCGUCAUGCUGUGCCAUGCGCAACGAGCAGGAUGAGUCAGGAAGUGCCGCUAUUAGCGAGCCCGACUCCACCGGGAUGCUGACUAAGGAGGAGCACUACCCCGCGGGGAACGUGACUCUGCAGUACUCCAACACCUUCCGCCACCAAGACAACAUCAGACUCGUGUCGACAGUCAUCUACGCCUGUUGGGCGGGUGUCAUGACAGAUGAAGCAAUCUCCGGAAAUGGCCCCAAGCUCGUCGAGUGCAUCCGGAAGAAGUAUCAGGAGAAACUCGGCGCUGAGUUCCACAUGAUCAUCUCUGAAGGUGAUGUCGGUCGGGUCGUUGGCCACUCGAAAGGCUUUGCCCUUGGGUUUGCCAUUGGAUAUUAUAAGAAUCACUCCUUCCUCCUUUGGGAAGACUCGGCCUAA